UCCUCGUUCUGGGUUUGAGCAGUGUGUUGUGUGUGUGUGUGUUGUGUGUGUGUGGGUAUUAUUAGUCAGCGUCGCGGACAACAGAGCAACAAGAAGAAGAAGAAGAAGACGAAGAAGACGAAGACGAAGAAGAAGAAGAAGAAGAAGGAGUAAGACAAGGCAGGAGGGAGGAGUGCUUCUCGCUUCAGCUCCGCUUUCUCCUGUCAAAACAUUUGUGUGUGUUGUCAGUAGUUUUUUCACCUUCGGAGCCGACAGAUGAUCGACCAGCUCCUGAAACACACAGCAACAACAACAACAACAACAACAACAAUAAUAAUAACAACACAGCAACAACAACAGCAACUGCAGCAGCAACAGUUACACAUUUUACAAUACCAUCUACAACAACGCUAACAAACAAUAACAACACCGAAAAAUUCACACACACACACACACACACAAAAAAUCCCCCAGCAUCGCUAACUCCACCAACAAACUACAACACUAACAUCGCCACUAAUAACAGCAACCACCGCAACAACAACAGCAACAACAACAACAAUAACAAUUGCUACACCUUAAAACCCAUCGACAAUUCCAAUAUUGGCAAUCGCAAAAGCAACAACAACUACAACAACAUCGGUCACACCGACAACAACGAUGACGAAUGCGACGAUGGUUAGGAUGACAAUAACUAGUAAAACACCUGAAAAAACAACUUCGUGUUUUAUGCCCUCUUCACGUGGUACUACUACUACUACUACUACAACUACUACUACUACUACUACUACUACUACUACUAAUACUAAUAAUAAUAUUACUACAACUGCAACGGAUAAUACUACUGUUACUACUAUUGCUACUCCUUUGUCUGCUUCCGUCAUAUCGCCCCUCAUUUCAACUUCAGUCACCGUACCCAUCCCUUCACACGCGUUGUCGUCGUCGUCGUCAUCGCCAACGCCGUCAUCUUCAUUACCGUUAUCACCACCGUCACCGCCGCCAUCAUUACCAUCACCAGCUUCAUCGUCGUCGUCGUCGUCGUCGUCGUUGUCAUCGUCAUCGUCAGCACUACAACCACCACCACUAUCAACAUCAAUAUUAUCGACACGGGAUCAACUAGUUACUACGAAAAACAACAACAACAACAACAACAACAACAACAAUGCAAUGAUGUCGUCGAUGACUGGAAUUAAACCUUCGUUCUCUGGGGCCUCCUCGCUCUCUGGCCCAACUUCCUCCGGUGGUCGCCACUUUGUUUGUCACCCGUCGGCACUGCGCUUUUUACUAGUGUUCACGUUAACCUUGGCUUUACCACAGGUCGAUGCCCGCUACGGACUGGCCAUGAGAAUGUACAACGGUUUCAGCACGGGCCGCAAUUGUCCGACCAGUUGUUCAUGUAUUGGAACCACUGUGGACUGUAGCUUUCGGAAUCUGCAAUAUGUACCGAGUGAUAUACCCAAGGACACAAAGAGAUUGGAUCUUAAGGGCAACAACAUUACCAUUAUACGUCGGACUGACUUCGAAGGAUUGAGUAACCUACAAGUGUUACAGCUACCGGAAAACAGGAUUACCAAAAUUGAGAAGGAAGCUUUCCGCGACCUCUUCGCCAUGGAGAGAUUACGUUUGAACUAUAACCAGAUAACGGAGAUUCCAGAUAUGCUGUUCGCCAACAUGCCGAAACUUUACCGACUGUAAGUGUAAAAUGAUUUUUUUAAUUUUUUACUUUACUCCCAAUAUACAAACGGAUGUGCCAUGUCUGUGUGUGUGCGUGUGUAUGUCUGCGUGUGUGUGUGUACGUGUAUGUGUGUGUGUGUGUGUGUGUUUGUUUGUGUGAGUGUGUUUACAUAUGUAUGCGUGAACAACAAUGUAGUAAAGAUGAUAAGUAUUGCAUAUGUAGCUUACACCGAAAGAAAUUUCAUUGGUAUUUUAUGAGAACGACCUACACAUGUUACGAUUAAGUACAUUCGAAGUUAUCUCCCUUCGUUUGAUGGGAAAUAUAAAAUGUACCCUAUUUGGGGGCAUGGGAGACUCUGCAUCGAGGAAGACGCACCCUGGUUUUGGAAAUGUAGUUCUUGGAAAUUUUCUCUUUCUGUUAACCAAAGCUCUGUCCACACAAUUGGACUGUGCCUGGCGAGCACACGCUAAAUGCUUGUAAUAAGACAAAAUUGGCGGACUGUCCUGUUUCUAUGUUCUUUGGGAUAAUGUACUACCUCAAGUCUAAAUACAAUAUUAUAUCUGAGGUCGACUUUGCUUUUCAUCAUUUCGGGGUUGAUGAAUUAAGUACCAGUUGCGUACUGGGGACGAUCUAAUCUACUGGCCUCCUCCUCCACAAACGUUUUAGGCUUUGUGCUUAGAGUAGAAAAAAAAACAGAAUUUGCAAGACUGAAAAUGGCUUGUGAAACCAGUGAGAGCUUUGUAGCGAAUGAGUAAAACUUUAGACAUUCGAGUGUGGAGAAAAAAACAAACUAUUAUUCAGAUGAGAAACUAAAUUUUCAUAAUUUCUCAAUAGAUGGCGCUACAGCACCACUCCUAUUAAAGCAAACAGCAUGACAGUGGUAGUUUAGUUGCAGUAGACUUUUUAAAAGCUAUUCUUUAUUGACCGUGUAAUUACAAUUAUAUUUAUAUCAACAAUCUUAGUUAAAUCAAAUGUUUUAUAGUAUAGAAAAAUUAUUUGAAAAUUUUAAAUAAUGCAAUAACAGUCUUUGUAAGCGGCUGAUUUCAACAACUUCUAAACUAGCGUUCUGGAAGACGUAUGAUAAUUUUCAAGGUAUUUUUCAUAAAAAAGAAAAAUUGGGUUGUCCUCCAUACUGCAAAAUACGGUAAUAUUUGUCAUUGACUGAUAUUGUUGGGUUUUUUUCCUCUUUGCAUUUAUAUUCAGUUUUUGUAUUGUUUUAUUUUGCUUUGAUUUUUUUGUUGGUGGGGUGGCAGGUUUUAAUGGACUGUACAUGAAAUAUGUUAAUAAUAACAUAAAUACUUUUUUUGUUUUGUUGUUGUUUUUUGUUUGUAUUGAUGGGUUGAUUAAGUUAAAUGUUUAUGAUCCUACGACGACAAAUGUCCACUGUUGUAUAUUUCCGUACUGAUUUUCUUAUCGUUAUUUCAUUCGGCAAAUAUUGUGAAGAUUAUGAUAUAUUUCAAGAGGUCAAAAUACGAUCGAAUCCUAUUCCAGGUUUUCUCUCUUUGUGUGCCGGAGAAAAUUAAAACAAUUAUAAUACCAGAUAUUCAGCCGUAAUU